GCCUGCUCUUGUGAGGCCGUGCGCAGUCAGGCUGGCUUCUUUGGUCUACCGUGAAGCUGGUGAGGAGGCACUGUAAAUGUAUUCAUUCGAAUCCUUGUCGCGAGUAGAACGGACGACAGAAAACUACUACUCAGAAGCAAGACCACGGAUACGCGCCAUUGUAAAAGUAUUCAUUAGAAUCCUUGUAGCGAGUAGAAAGGACGACAGAAAACUACUACUCAGAAGCAAGACCACGGAUACGCACCAUUGUUCUAAGCGUCAUUAUAUGGCGUCUACAAAUAGAAGCUUCGACAUAAGUCCCGUCUUCUGCGUGAGCUUUGCCGCGGGUGAGCUGAACGAAUGUCCAAGAAGAUAUCGACAAGGCUGACACAGGGGAACUUGGAAGCGGAAAAAAAAGAGACUGCAGAUGCCCAACAGUUGUUCGAUUCCGUGUGACACCCAUAAACGCGUUGAGACAGCUGCUUUUCCGAUACACGAAUCGUCACAUUGGCAUGAAUAGAGCAGUCCGCUUUCCAAAUGCUCUUGAAUUUUCCUAUUUCGGCGGGUGUCUAAACACCGGGCCGCAGCUCCCGAAACCGACUCGCACCGUUCAGGCGUCUGACGAGAGGACAUUACAAGUGAUCUUCUGCAGCAAGGCUGAGGGGCAUCGGAGCACAAUUUUCGUCUUACUCGCAGUGAUCGCGUGUUCCAUUCUUUUUUAUAGCCACGAAGCAGCAAAGUUCAGCGUUCUAUCCUCGAAAAUUCGUCUUUCUCGCGUGGACCCCCUCACCUCGAGACGUUAUGGCCACCUUCCUACCGUUUUGACUUCUGACUUUCACCUUGAAUUUCAGGUUUCUGCUCUCGGGCUCGACGCUUCUUGCAGCCCCGCGAGUCUCAGGUUUCUCGAAUCCAGCAUGUCAGGCCCAACCGCCAUCCAACGAUCAGCUGGGAAACUCUACCUCGCAUUCAGACGCAAAGACUUUCAACAGUCCCGCUGGUAAUCCUUCAAGAACGUUCAACGACGGCUGGUUGGGGUGGUCCGCAUUUCCUGUCGGUAUUCAUUGGUGCUUGAAAGCUGCAGUCGUGGAUCAGUAGAAGCGUCGAUAUAGUCCGGUAGUAAGGUUUAAGAUCGUACAGACUCUACUGUAGAAGGUAUGUGUUGCUUGUGAAAUGGCCCUGCCUGAGACACCGUCUCGUGCUACGCUUUUCCUAAAGGUACAUCCCGUGGCAAACGCAGCGACGAACGACGGAAGGAGCAUUUGCGUGGUAGCCAGUGUGUCAUCGGAGAUGAAGUCUAGAAUACGUAUUGAUCUCUCGCUACCGCAGCUAUUGUCGUUAUACAGGCAGAUUCGGCGAAAUGGAGAAGCUAGGCUCGAGAUGGCUCUGACAGCAUCUCACUGUUUUCGUGUGCCUUUGCCUUCAGUCACAGUUCGCUUUCCCCGUGUCUUUGCGCGGGGCAUCGCAGCGUUCAAUCGACUUUCGCCGGCGCCCGCAACCUUUCGUUCAUCGAACGUGGCGAAGCUUUCGGGCGGCUGCGGCGAAAGAACUCUCGCCUCUUCAUGGCCCAUUCAAGUUUUUCUCGGUUUUCGCGUCGGUCUUCACGGAAGUCGAGAGGAAACCGAUCACGAGCCCCGGGAGGUCAACGGUCACAUCCGCGAAAAUCGAGCACCCGCGGAAGAGAAAAUUCCAAGGACAAAUGUAUUCUACGACGUUUGCCCGUUGUGGAGGAGCCUCUCUUCUUGUUUGUUCGGACUUUCCGUUUUCUCCAACAUUUUUGAAGUUCUCGAUUUCGCCCUUUCAGUCAUUCGUCCAGCCUCAAGCUGUCUCCGUUCCCCGUCUCGGCCGUGAGGAGCUCGACUUCAAGGAGCGCGAGAAAAAGAGAGACCCGAUACGAACGGGAGAAAACACAGAGGUGAGAAAAAAGACCACAAACAUCAGCAUAGGACCUGUAAAGGGAAUAGGCAAAACAUAUAGAACGUCGAAAUAUUCUUGGGGUACGCGAGGUCUUCUACGACUUCUCUCUUCUGCGUUCUUCCUUAGAGAGGUGUGUACGGGAACUCGCCAGCAGGCU